GACUGAGCUACCUUCUUCCCCUGGACAGACCCAGAGCAAAAUGUCCACUGUUCCCCUUGGCUUCAACAUUGACGCCCCGCGCUGGGACCAGAGCACCUUUGUGGGGCGCCUGAAGCAUUUCCUCAACAUCACCGACCCGCGGACAGUGCUGGUGCCGGAGGAGGAGCUGGACCGGGCCAAGGCCCUGGUGGAAGGCUGCAGGGCCGGGCUGGUGCCACCAGGAAGCAGCCAGGAGCAGCUGCUCUAUGCCAAGAAGCUGUACGACUCAGCCUUCCACCCUGACAGCGGUGAGAAGAUGAACCUCAUCGGGAGGAUGUCCUUCCAGGUGCCAGGGGGCAUGGCCAUCACCGGCUUCAUGCUCCAGUUCUAUCGGACGGUGCCUGCUGUGGUUUUUUGGCAGUGGGUGAACCAGUCCUUCAAUGCCUUCGUCAACUACACCAACCGUAACGCUGCCUCCCCCAUCUCGCUGAGGCAAAUCGGCGUGGCUUAUGUCACAGCCACCGGUGCAGCCCUGGCCACCGCAGUGGGACUCAACCUCUACACCAAGCGAGCACCCCCCUUGCUGGCCCGCUGGGUCCCCUUCGCAGCUGUGGCUGCUGCCAACUGUAUCAAUAUCCCCAUGAUGCGGCAACAGGAGAUCAUCAAUGGGAUCACAGUGACAGAUGGGGACAACAACGAGCUCGGUCGCUCCAGGAGGGCAGCAGUGAAGGGCAUCGCACAGGUUGUGGUCUCCAGGAUCACCAUGGCAGCACCGGGCAUGAGUGAGUUUAUUUUGCCCAUCAUCAUGGAGCGGCUGGAGAAAUUCACGUUCAUGCAGCGAAUCCGGGUUCUCCACGGGCCUCUGCAGGUGCUGCUCUGCGGGGGCUUCCUCCUGUUCAUGGUGCCAGCAGCCUGUGCCCUCUUCCCACAGAGAUGGUACCUGUCACACUCCUUCCCCCUCCUGCAUGAGACCUCGGGAUACUUCCCCCUCCCCUAGGUCUUCUCUGCCCAUCCCAGGAGAAGCAUGAUGGACACCCACCCUUCAACUCAAGGCAGCACUUUCCUGUACAUGCUGGUGCCCAGGGCAGCAGGAGAGCAUGUGCCUGCCCUGCUCUUUGAGCUCUGUGCUGGGAGCAAUGGGACACCCAGCUCUAAGGGCAGCUCUCUGCCCUCCAGCACUCGGAGUGGUGGAUGCCAGGGAUGGGUGGUGGGUCUUGACAUGAGCCUUCAAGAUCCCGGGGAAUGCAGAGGGCCUCAAAUGGCAAUGGGAAGGGAGGGUGGUUUGACUGGUGGCUGGGAGGAGGAUCACAGGUCUCAGUGUCUACCCCGUCUCCCCACAGCUCCCUUGCGCUGGCUGACCUUGAGCUGGAGCUGCGUGACAGCAUUGUGGCCAAGCACGGGGACAAAGUGCCGUAUGUCUAUUUUAACA